CUUCUGACAUUGCUGCAUUAGUCAGAUAAUGGAGCACUUGUACCUUCGGGUUUUUCUAUUUGUAUUUUUUUUAAAACAUGAAUCUAAAUGCAGUGUGACUAAGGAUGUGUCAGGUUUUAAAGAUGAAGAGGUGGCCCUGAUGUGCCCAGACUUUCAAAUUAAGGAUCCACCUGACUGCCACAGAGCUAGACUGGUGAAUUCGGAAAAUACGACUAUAUUCGAGCAUCCAAAGGAAAUCCAUAAAUCCAAUCGCGUGACUUUGAAAGAAAACAGAGAGGGAAAGACAUGCAUAUUUUUGGAAAACCUGCAAAAAUCAGAUGAAGGGGUGUACGACUUUGAAGUUUGGAAAGGGUGGGAUAUGAUUAAUGCCACAAAGAUAUCCCUGAAAGUGAAAGACUGCAAAAGCCUUAAACCAGAGUUUGCAACCCCUGGUGCGACUGUAAGCCUGAACUGCUCAAUGAAUGGAGAAACAGCCCCUUCAAACAUCACAUGGGGAAAGCUGAAAGGGAAGACUUCUGUACCCGUUGAUUUGGAAAGGGUUACAAUAAACGGAGUGCACCUCAUAAUCAAAUCUGUGACUGAAAAGGACAAAGGAUGGUACAAAUGUGAUUACAUGCUGAGUCAGAGUCCGCGCUGCUUAUCCAUCAACCUCCUUUUCAAAGAAGAUGUGUCUGUGACCACAAUGUUUCCAAGUUCUGCAUUUUCAGAAACUCAGGAAGCCUUUUCUCAGGUUUUGGAGACUGCUACAAAAGGAGAAGAUGAAACCUCAAGUUGGGUUAUAACCUUGGUCAUUAUCUUGAUUCUCACACUUGCAGUCUUGACAGGACUGUUUAUUUACAAGAGACGAAAAACUCCGACAAACUCUGCAGGUUGCUUUAGAGAGUCUGGGGAUGUGUAUGAGAAUGUGAAUCUUCCAUGUUCACCAGGUGCUACAAACCGAAUCAACAGCUUGUAUGCAUUCCCGGAGGAGAGUAUUGAAGUGAGUACUUUUCAAAUCUAAGAAUUAUCCGGGUGCAUGUGGCAAAACAUGAAGAUUUUACUCCAUCCUUAUUCAACCAGUUUAAUCAGUGCAUUUAUGAUGUUGUUUAAUCAAAAACUGAUCACUCAUACUGUACAUUUUUAAAUACACC